AUGGACCCCAGGUUAAGAAUCCCUGCUUUAGAGGAAUUACCAUUCCUCAUUGAUGCCAAAGACUUUGAAAAGAGAGUCAUUGAGGCAGCUGCUGAGGUACAACAACAGACUGGUUGCCCAGUCAACUUCCAUCCAGGAAGGCACAUCAAAGCACCAUAUGAAGUGCUGCGUAUAUUUGGUGAAGCGGGAGGAGAUGUCCGACAUAUGGUCAUGUCACACCUUGAACGAACAAUCAAUGAUGAGGGGCAGCUGUUGGAGUUUGCUGAACUGGGUUCAUACUUGGAGUUCGACUUGUUUGGUGUUGAAGUAUCCAAUUAUCAGCUGAAUGAGGAGAUUGACAUGCCUUCAGAUGCACAGCGCAUUCAACGCAUCUGGCAACUGGUGGAUGAAGGAUACGAGAAGAGCAUCUUAGUAUCCCAUGAUAUCUAUUCUCGACAUCGCUUGAGGAAAUAUGGAGGGCAUGGAUAUGGGCACAUCCUGGAGAAUGUCUUACCCAAAAUGCUCAAUCGAGGACUCUCUCAGUCAGUCAUUCAUUCCAUCAUCACAAGGAAUCCAAGGCAGCUACUGACUUGGAAAUAAAGUUCCCAAAUUAUACUCAUAUGCAUUUAAAGCAAGAUUCCUUACUUGUAUUGACUGAAUGUGCUGAUAUAUGCCUACUGUUGUGUAUACUGUGUCCUGUUCAAAAUCUGAGAAAAAGGUUAAAAAAUUAGGUUAAAAAAAAUAGCAAGGCUCUUUGUGCAUAUUAGAACAUGUUUGUAGAUGUCAAAGAAAAACAAUUGAGUAGAAAGUAACAGAAUACAAAUGUCUCACAAAUGUCAAGGUGAUGAGAGCUUCUUCCGUUAACCUUUAGCAUAUAGAUUCAAAAUUUUUUUUUUUUUUUUAAAUCUCCAGUUGACAUUGAAAUCAGGGAUUUAAUUGCAAGGAACCCGCUUGUUUAAAGUUUAAUCUCAAUUGAGUCUAUUUAUUUGUAUGAUCUAUAUAUCUGAUGAACAAUGUGGAUAGAUCCAUCAUUCGGAUGGGAAAGGUUAAGGGUCUUUUAUUGCUCCACCACACAGCUAUUGCAAUUCUAUUGGAGCCAAUCACAUUGUGUAGAGAUGAUUGCAUAAAUUUCUUUUUUACCUAGCCCCUUACAAACUAAGCAGUGUGAAUGUUGCACAUCUACCAUUUCUAUUGACUGGAGAAAUUCCUGAAUUUCCACCUGGACUACUGAAUAAAAGUUCAUGGAAAAGUAAUAUCUACAGUGUCCAACAUAGGUAAUGAUGGGCCAUAUAAAAAAUUUGCAGCCAGAAAUAAUACUGUAUUCAUUGUAAUAGGUGGAGAAAUCACAGUUUAUCACAUACACUAAACAUACCUAUUUGUCAAUGAAGAGUCUUGAGAUGCUUCUGAAUAAAUGAUAGGAGAGAGGCAGAAUCAUUGGAUAUGGUUAAGGAUGCACCAUAGACCUUUUUCCACCUUGUUCUUUCUCCCCUGAUAAAAAUUAGAAAUAGUGCAUUCUGUAGAAUUGUGCAAAAAUUGAAGUGAUGGUCCUUUUUUUCUUGUGAUAGUGAAGAAUGAAACACAGGAGUGG